GGAGUGAUCAUUCGUCCGUCGCAGCAUACGCUUGUGCGACCGUGAGUUUGCCGGUAAUCAGCUCUCGACUCCACAGCUGUCUGCGCGCAUCGCACGGCUCUUCUCGAUCUCCGGAUCCCUCUGAAAAAGAGAAUAGCAAAAAUGAGUUGGAUGAUCGGCGCGUUAUCGGCCCUGCUGAUUACUUCCUGCUUGGCUGCUCCUCAAGAUAAGCCUGCCAAAGGAAGUUUGGAGGAUCUUAUCAAGGACGUUUUCCAAACUGGCAACAGUCCUUCGGGAGAAGCGCAACGUCAGAAUGUUGAAACGACGACGCAAAAUCUCGAUUACAUAAUCAGUCAGGUAUUCAAUCAACCGCCAAGCAACAACAAUCUACCAGGUGGUGACCGCACUGGCUUUCCUGGCGCUAACGGAGGUAACUUCCCAGGUGCCGAACGAGGUGGCUGCGAAUGUGUGCCUUACUAUCAGUGCCAAAACGGUAGCAUCACCGAAAAUGGCGCUGGUAUCAUCGACAUUAGGGUUCAAGGUGGAUGCGACGACUACUUGGAAGUGUGUUGCACACCGCCCAACCUAAUUCCAGGACAGGACGUGAACAUCCCAACAGUCAGACCACCACUAGAACGUAAGAGUUGCGGUCAACGUAAUCCGGACGGCGUCGGCUUCCGUAUUACUGGUGCCAAGGAUAACGAAGCACAAUUCGGUGAAUUCCCCUGGAUGGUCGCUGUUCUCAAGGAAGACGACGUCGGCAACAACGGUGAACCACUCAACGUUUACCAGUGCGGUGGUGCGCUCAUUCAUCCGAAAAUCGUUCUUACCGCCGCCCACUGCGUUUUCGACAAGAAUCCAUCAAUCCUGAAGAUCCGUGCUGGCGAAUGGGACACUCAGACGAAGAACGAAGUGCUGCCACAUCAAGAUCGAUUGGUAAAGAGCGUCAUCACCCACGAGCAAUAUCACAAAGGAGCUUUGUACUACGAUUUCGGUCUGCUCAUCCUCGUCGAUCCUGUCGACCUAAACAACGAGAAUGUCGGUAUCGUCUGCUUGCCUGAACCCACCGACAACUUCGACUACUCGAGAUGCUUUGCUAGUGGAUGGGGAAAGGAUAUCUUUGGUAAGGAAGGUCAUUACCAGGUGAUACUCAAGCGCGUCGAAUUGCCAAUAGUGCCGAACGAUCAGUGUCAAAAUGCUCUUAGGACGACGAGAUUAGGAAAAUACUUCCAGCUUCACAGUAGCUUCAUAUGUGCUGGUGGUGAAGCUGGCAAGGAUACUUGCAAGGGCGAUGGUGGCAGUCCAUUGGUAUGUCCCAUGAAAAGGAAUCCAAGUAAAUACGUGCAAGCAGGCAUCGUUGCAUGGGGUAUCGGAUGUGGAGAAAACCAUGUGCCAGGUGUAUACGCAAACAUUGCCACCGGUAGAAGUUGGAUCAACAAACAGGCGCAAUACGCCGGUAUCAAUCUCAAUGAAUACCAAUCCAUUUAGAAAAGUCAACUAUAACUAUGUCCCAAGCAGAAAUAUUCUCGUGGGGUACUUUCUAAGAAGGACUGAUUACCAGUUUUUUCUAUGUUGUAUUUAUCAAGUGAUUGCCUCAUUGUCGCGAUCUUAUCGCAUAUGCAAGACAUUCGCCAAUAUUUUUUUACAUUUUACUCUAUAAUUGUACGCUACUUGUAAUCUUAUCGUUGACGAGAGAUUGACCAAAUGUAGCAUUUUUCUCUCGUUCAAUUGUGAUUCUUAUAUAAAUUUUAAAGUAAGAGGCAGAUUGAAUUCUUUUCAAAUAUAUGCUGUUAUUUCUUUUUUGUAAAUUAAAUAAAAUAUCGUUAAAUC